CUCGUUUUGUCUGAUUCAGUGAUGGUCUUUGAUUCCGAUGAAGCAACAGUUUCUGUGAGUGUGACCCCCCCGAGAUCCCAGUUCUUCAAAUAUGAGAGUUUCUCCGUGGGCUGUGAGGGUGAACCGGUGCACCCGUGUCUGCCCCCCUGCUCUGUCCAGGCCGCCUUCCCCUCCACGGACAGCGGGGAGCACUGGUGUGAGUCUGGACUCGGAGAAAAAAGCAACAGGGUCAACAUCACCGUCACCGGUGGUCGGGUGAUCCUGGAGAGCCCGGUUCUCCCCCUGAUGGAGGGGAUGGAUGUGGCCCUGAGGUGCCGCUGCCAGCCGCCGGAAGCCUGUCAGCACGGAGUUUUCUUCCUCAAAGACGGGUUCCUCCUCAGAAACAGCUCCACGGGAACCAUCACCAUCCAGAACGUCUCCAGAUCAGACCAGGGACUCUACAGCUGCAGAGUGUCCCGCCUGGAGGAAUCACCGCAGAGCUGGCGCCCCCUGCAGGCCAGGAGCCUCCUGCUGCCCUCUCUAUGCUCCACCGGCACCUGA